AUGUUAAAAUCAAUCAUUAAUUUAUGUAAAUUCAAUAGCAAUAAUAGUGGUAGUAGCAUUAUAAAGAGAUGUUAUAGUUGUACAACAACUACUGCUACUUCUUCAUCUACUUCUAUAUCUUCUUCAUCUUCUUCAGAUGCAAUCGAAACAAAACUAUCAAAAACAAUUAUAUAUCCAAAACAAUCAUCUUUUUCAUUGAUCAAUAAAAAACCAGAGAUAUGUGUUGGUUUAUCGGGUGGUGUUGAUUCAGCUGUCACAGCAUACCUCUUAAAGAAGCAAGGUUUCAAAGUUCAAUGUGUCUACAUAAAGAGUUGGGAUGAAAAAGAUGAACUCGGCUACUGCACCGGUGAGAAAGAUUAUAGCGAUGCACAAGACGUUGCUAAUAGAUUACAAUUACCAAUAUAUCAUGCUGAUUUUGUAAAGGAAUAUUGGAAUAGAGUUUUCAAUUCAUUUCUAGAGGAAUAUAGUCAGGGUUAUACACCGAAUCCUGAUGUUUUCUGCAAUCGUGAGAUCAAAUUCAAUGUUUUCUAUGAGUAUGCAAAGAGUAUUGGUGCCGAUAUGAUUGCUACCGGUCACUACUCGAGACUGCAGUACGACGAUGAGCUUGAAAGUGCUCGUUUGCUGCGCGGUGUCGAUCCCAACAAAGAUCAAUCGUACUUUCUCUGUAUGACCGAGGGCAGACAGCUGUAUCGAUCACUCUUCCCGAUUGGUGACUAUGUGAAAACCGAUAUCAAAGCACUCGCCAAUCAACUGGGAUACACCAACAUCACCGCCAAGACUUCGAGUCGCGGUAUCUGUUUCGUUGGUAAGCGACCACUCGACGAGUUCCUCGGAACCUACAUCAACCUUCAACCCGGUGCAUUCCUCAAUCCGCUAGAUCAGCAGGUUGGACAACACAAAGGUGCAAUCUGCUACACCAUCGGACAGAAAGCAAAUAUCUCUGGGUUGGAAGAGCGCUACAUCGUCUACAAGAUCGACAAGGAUAACAAUUGUGUUUUCGUGUGUCCAGAGUCACUCUCAAAGAAGUAUUUGAUGUCGCAAUCGCUGCAGGUGCAUCGUAUCAAUUGGAUCAACGGAAUUCCAGAGAGACUGUUGACCGCAGGUGUACCAAUGAAAAUUAGAUGUCAAGUUAGAUAUCGAUCCAGUUUGGUGAAUGGUGAGAUUUCGUUGGAGCAUUUGGCUGAGAAUCCUCAGGAGAGUGUUUACUCUGUGCAAUUGGAGCAACCAGAGAGAGCAGUGGCACCAGGUCAAAUUCUAUGUAUAUAUGAACCAGAGAGUGAUGUAUGUCUUGGUGGUGCAUCUGUUGGACUGGUAAGAACACUAACCGACGUGAUAGGACCUCUCUCAAGUUCACAAUCCAAUAUCUCAUUCCCAUUGUUUGACAAAAACUAUUAUUAA